UAUAUUCACUGGUAUGUACAGCGCGCCAAGAUCUUUGUAUACGACUAGGGAAAGCCAUUUGUAUAACCUGAGGUGGUUGUGAAGUAUUGUUGCUGAGUUGAUUAAGGUAGCUGAUUAACAAGCUAUCCGCCUGUUUUUUUUUAAACUUCGCGCAAGUAAUACAAUUUAGAAGACAAUGUUUUGGGGACUUGUGUUGGAGCCAGGAAAAAGGUAUGCCCAGACAGUGGAUAAACCAUUCCAUAUAUCGAUGGCUAGUCUUGAUGUGAUGCAUUCUGAAAAUGAUUUGGUGUCAGUGAAUGUUAACUUCCAGAAUGCAGAAUUUAUUCUGUGUAACCUACAGAAAAAUAAAGUUUUUCAGACACCCCUAGAUUUAAACUUCAUGGCAGGAGACAAGAUUGCAUUCUACACCUCAGGAAAGGGUCGUGUUCAUCUGACAGGUUACUUGAUAGAUGACGAUGAUGACAUGGGUAUUGAAGCUGAAGAUGAGGAAUCUGAAGAGGAUGAAACCCCCCAGAAGAAUGAUGUUAAAGCCAGCAAACAAGAAAAACGGAAGAGUGUAGGGCAUACUCCAGGAAAACCAGCACUGAAGAAGAGCAAAAUGGAAAGUGAAGAUGAAGACGAUGGUGAUGACGAUGAUGACAGUGAUCUUGAGAGCUUAGGAGACAGUGAUGAGGAAAUGGAAGUAGAAAGUGGUGAAGAGGAUGAAGAUGAUGACGAUGAUGGGGAAGAGGAAGAAGAUGAAUCAGACGAAGUUGAAGAAGAAACUCCUCAGAAACAGCAGCUUCAAGGAAAGAACAAAGAGAAACAGCAGAGUGCGCAAAAACAGAAUAAACAAGUGAAUACUCCAAAUGAAAUGAAAAAGAAAAAGGGUAAAGGUCCUGAUGCUGUAACUCCCAACACUCCAAUAGUUCAGGCAAAUGGUACUCCAGAAACACAAUCAGCAAAGAAAAAUAAGAAGAAAGGUGGCGAAACUCCUGGAGACAAAAGUGGGCAAACUCCAAAGCAAGCUCAAACUGGUUCACCUGCUCAUACACCACAGAAGAAAAUCCUGGAAGGUGGAGUUGCUGUAGAAGAUACCGUAAUUGGCUCUGGUCAAAUUGCGAAGCCCGGAAGAUUUGUUACUGUGUAUUACACAGGUCGUUUGAAGCAAAAUAACAAGAAGUUUGAUGAAACUGUACAAGGGCCUGGAUUCAAAUUUAGGUUAGGGAAAGGUGAAGUAAUAAAAGGAUGGGACAUUGGAGUUACAGGAAUGAAAGUUGGAGGAAAGAGGAAACUUAUUAUUCCCCCUCAUAUGGCGUAUGGUGCCAAAGGUUCACCGCCAGUUAUUCCACCGAACAGUGCUUUAAUAUUUGAAGUGGAAUUAAGAAAUGUAAAUUAACCUUACUGUGGUGACUGCCAGUGGGACAUUGUAACUGCAAAAGACAGUUCUUGGAUUUUAAAGUAAUGAUGCUGGGUUUUAGUUCACCUUGAAUGCUUCAUUAUAAUUGGCUCAUUGACUUGACUUUCUGCCACUGGGAAACCUGUGUAUCAGUACAGUUUUGUAUAUGAUAUUUGGUUGAACAUAUUCCAGUAGUAUCGUGUAUGGCUCAAAUGAGAGUUGUGGUGCAAGAUUUGUCGUGCAUGUGAAGGUGCUGUGUUGUAAAUAUUUUGUCAUGAUCAUUGAACACAGAAUAAAUUUUUUUAAUAAAA